AUGAUUUUCUGUUUCAUUCUGAUUUUUCUUCUUCCGCAUCAAUUGCUUACUGUAGAGUGGAGCAAUGGAACUCUUUCCAGAUGGAAAAGAGUUCAGAAGUCGAGAGUUACAAUUGUAGACCCAAGUUUGGUCACAGGACCAAACAGUCUUCUCAAUCUAGCGGAGUUGACUACUAGAAACUUAGAAGAGUACAUCGGAGAAAUGGAUCAUCCAACAACUACAGAGAAAGCCCUUGAGUUUGUGGCGACGUAUGGAUUGCUCGCAAACGAACGCGAGUGUGAACAGGACUGGUGUAGCCAGUACAUGUCUCUGGUCAAGGAUUCCAGUAAAAAAAAUGAUAUGCUAGUCUGGCGCUGCUCAACAUGCAAAAGCGACGGGAUGUCCAGUAAAGUAUCGAUCAGAGAAAACUCAUUUUUCGAAGGUCUCCGUAUUCCGCUCCAAAAAGUAUUGUACAUCGCAGCUGAUUGGAUCGAAAAUCCGACAAAAACAGCGAAGGACUCCGCUGCGUACUUCGAAACAUCUGAAAACACCAUUUCUGAUUACCACGAAUGGUUUCGGGACAUGACACAGCAGUGGUGGGAAAGAGAAGCAGGAAUGAACAAAAACAUUAUGCUCGGAGGACCAGGAACUAUUGUUGAAAUAGACGAAAGUGCUAUGUAUAAGGCUAAAUACCAUCGGGGCCAUAUGCUGCGCCGGCCUACAAUAUGGAUAUUUGGAAUGCUCGAAAGAGGAACUGGAAAAGCCGCCAUGUUCGUGGUACCAAGAAGAAAUCGUCGAACUCUGUUUCCUUUGAUCCAAGCACAUGUCCGCCCACAAACUCUGAUCGUCUCAGACGGGUGGAAAGCAUACGGUGGUCUGAAGACACUACAACAAAAAUAUGAUCACAAAUGGGUGAAUCAUAAAGUUAACUUUGUGGAUCCCAUGGACCGUCGCGUUCACACGCAAGGAAUCGAGUCGACUUGGAAUGCAUUCAAAAAGUCGGUGAAAAACUUUUAUGGCGUGAAAAAAUUCCAACUACAAGGACAUCUUUUUUCGUACAUGUUCCGGAGAUUCCACAAUAGAAAAUACUGUAGCGCUUGCUGUAGCGCUUGCUGCAGGGAGAAGAAUGCGACAAUGACUGCUCCAUUUGGAAACGCCCUACAAUAUUUACUAUGUAGGAGGAGCCUGAAUGCACGCAUGAUAACGUAG